UCCAAGACAAUCUUCCGCCAUAAUCCAUAUCUUUCGUUUCGUCUGCCUUCCGUCGCUAACUCCCUCUCUCUCUCUCUCUGUCUCUCUAUCUAUCUCUCUCAAGAAGAAAGGAACGAUUAUUUCCCUGAUCAAGACCCAAAAAUGGGGGAUCCAAGUCACCUGGAGAAAAUGGGCAGAGAGCUCGAAUGCCCCAUUUGCUUGGGUCUGUUGAAUUCUGCCGUUUCACUUACAUGCAACCACGUAUUCUGCAAUGCCUGUAUCAUGAAAUCAAUGAAAUCAGGUUCCAAUUGUCCUGUUUGCAAAGUGCCCUACCAGCGCAGAGAGGUUCGUCCGGCUCCUCACAUGGAUAACUUGGUUAGCAUUUAUAAAAGCAUGGAAAUUGCUUCAGGUAUUAAUAUUUUUGUCACCCAGAACCAGCCUCAGGAUGGACCAUCAGAUGAUGAAAAGCAAGUUGAAAAUGAUCUCAAUUGUAGUGAGAGAGUGGACGAUCAGGGAGCGACCAAAAGAAGAGGAUCGAGGGUGGAUAAGUCCACAACUGUGAAUUCUGAUCCCCUUCCUGUGAAGCCUUCUUUUCCUACCAACAAAAGGGUUCAGGUGCCACAAUAUCCUCAUACAGAAAUGCAAAUGUCGGCUGCAAAACUUGGACGUGGAUUGGCUGAAAGCACCAAGGAUGAAUCUAAAUGCAGUUUGAUAGUUCAAAAGGAGAAUUACGUUCUAAAAGAAAAGGAAGAAUUAAUACUUGCACCCUUUUUCUGGUUGAGGGAGGAAGAUGUAGAGAAGUCAAGUCAGCUUACUGAUGGGGAUCAAUUUGCGUAUAUAACACCACCUGAAGUUCCUUCUUUCAGUGAUAUUAAGGAUUCUGAUGAUGAAGGCUCCUCUAAAGAGGAGGUGCAGGGAAACACUGGUCAUGUGAAUUUCUUCGAUAGCGAAAUGUUUGAAUGGACACAGAGAGCUUGCUCCCCUGAACUUCUUCCAAGUCCUGUUAAAAUGCAGGUUGCAGAUACUGAUGAACUAGCACUACAAGGUGCAAAUACAGUCGAACCCUAUAUUAAUAAUGGCGCAUGCAUGACAACUAGACAUGAUACAUCAGAAGAAAUGCUGCCUAAUAUGUCAUCUUCCAGAACCAAGGCUAUUAGUAAUAAGAUUAGGAAUCAAAAAUCCAGGCAAAUAGGUAGGAAAGCUAGAAAGACUGCCCAAAAGAAGAUUGCUGAAAGAACUACCAGUCCUGUUUGGAAAAAUUAUGCUGAUCUAGGAAAAUUAUCUGAUGGUUUUAAUCAAAACCAAGCAGCUGACAAUAGUGGCAAUUCUUAUUUGGCUAAGACUAGGAUAAAUAAGGUGGCUGGUUUGGAUCACUAUGAAACUGAACCAAUAGCAACAUAUGUUUCUGCUGCCUCUGGAAAUGCAGAUACUCCUAACCAGGAUGACACACAAAUGGUUAAGAAGUUGCCUACCAGAGCCAGCAAGAAAAAAUGUGGUGAUGAAUAUGAGAAUUUGACGACAGGAAAAAGUUGCAGGAGGAUCACUGGCCCGUGCCAAAAGAAAUCUUGUUCAAAGUCAAAGAAACAAAAACCAAGUUCAGCUAUAGUUGAUUUCCCUGAAGAAGUUUCAACCGCACACAACCAGACAAAAGAAAAGAUGAUUCUACAGAACUCUUUUUCCAUUCCUGUAGCUAAUGACAAUGGUGUCAAACAGUUAAGUGAAGGAUCGAUCAAACGUGCUAGAGAAGUAAAGUCUGCUUUGAGUUUGAAAAGCGAGAAAAACACAAGUUGUAAGAAAAAGAUGAAACUAUCUUUUACUGAUGACACAAAAGAUUGGUUGGCUGAAGACCAUCAGCUAGGAAAUAGCAAUGUUUCUAUGGGGAGAUUAAGUGAACAGGUUCAAGGGAGUCCUACUGUUGGAAUUUCAGAUGGUUCAACAGCAAAGAAGCUUCCUGUUGCAAAUGGAAUGGCCUUGCGCAAAUGUGAGACUGUUACAAAUAAAACACAAUGUGCUUUCUGUCUUUCUACCGAAGAGUCUGAGGCCUCAGGGCAGAUGGUUCAUUAUUAUGAUGGCAGGCCUGUUCCUCUAGAUUAUAAUGGUGGCUCAAAGGUCAUACAUUCACACAAGAACUGCACUGAAUGGGCACCUAAUGUUUAUUUUGAAAAUGAUAAGGCAAUCAACCUUGAAGCUGAAUUAUCCAGGAGUCGAAAAAUAAAAUGCCCCUGUUGUGGACUCAAAGGUGCAGCGUUGGGCUGUUAUGAAAAGAGUUGCCGCAAGAGUUUUCAUGUUCCUUGUGCAAAAUUAAUCUCAGAAUGCCGGUGGGACACUGAAAACUUUGUAGUGUUAUGCCCUCUUCAUGCCUCGUCUAAGUUGCCCAAUGAAAAUUCAGAAUCUCAAGAAAGCAGAAAAAGACGUGUUUUGAGAGGACAUUCUCCCAUUCACUACAAUCGAGUUCCUACAACCAAUGGCAUCAGUGUGCAGAAGAAAUGGAAUCCUUGUGGGUCUCCCAACAAAUUGAUUCUCUGUUGUUCAGCUCUUACAGUUGGAGAGAGGGAAAUCAUAUCUGAAUUUGAGAAAUUAUCUGGGUUAACAGUGUUGAAGAAAUGGGAUUCAAGUGUGACCCAUAUCAUUGCAUCCACAGAUGAAAAUGGAGCAUGCAAAAGAACUCUUAAAACUUUAAUGGGUAUCUUGGAGGGGAAGUGGAUACUGAAUAUUAAUUGGGUCAAAGCUUGCAUUAAAGCCAUGAAACCUGUUGAUGAGUUGCAAUAUGAAAUUACUCUUGAUGUUCAUGGAAUCAGGGAUGGUCCUCAACUUGGCAGGCUGAGGCUCCUGAACAAGCACCCAAAGCUUUUCGAUGGGUCUAAGCUCUACAUGAUGGGAGAUUUUGAGCCUUCUUAUAGGGGAUAUCUACAAGACCUUGUAGUUGCUGCAGGAGGCACCAUUCUGCAUAGAAAACCCAUUUCAGGUGAUCAGGGAGCCCCUGUAUCUUCAACCUUCAUAAUUUACAGCCUUGAGUUGCCUGAAAAAUGUGAUCCAGGCAAGAAGCAUAUGAUUUUAAGCCGCAGGCAGUCUGAUGCUGAAGCUCUGGCAAGUUCAACCGGAGCCAAAGCAUUAAGCAAUACGUGGCUUUUGAACUCCAUCUCUGCGUGCAAAUUGCAAAAUCUCUAAACAGUUUUGCAUCUGUAAAUGUGUACUCUUGCAAUGUAACAGGUAAGAGAAGUAGAAAUUGUUUUCUGUGAAUCCAUUACAAUGAAUUUUCUUUAACUAGUUGGGAGUGAAAAUUAGAACUGUUCUAUCAGAAUAUGGCAAAAUAAAAUC